AAGAGUAAAUGAUGUCAAAAUAGUAGCUAGCAAUAAAUAAAAAUGAAGAGUUGUGUUGUGAAAGGCUGCAUGCAAGGCUGAUAGAUGAAAAUGGUUAAAGAAGAGGAGAAAGAGAGUGGGAGGAACAAGAUGAAGAGUUUUGGAAGCGUAAGAUCGAUAUUCAUGCACGCGGACGGUGUAGAUUGGUUGCUGAUGGGCUUAGGGUUUAUCGGAGCCGUUGGUGAUGGCUUCACAACUCCUCUUGUUCUUCUCAUCACCAGCAAGCUUAUGAACAACCUUGGUGGUUCCUCUUUCAACACUGAUACCUUCAUGCAAAACAUCUCCAAGAAUUCUGUAGCUUUGCUUUAUGUGGCUUGUGGAUCUUGGGUUGUUUGUUUCCUUGAGGGAUAUUGUUGGACAAGAACAGGGGAGAGACAAACAGCAAGAAUGAGAGAAAAGUACUUAAGGGCAGUGUUAAGACAAGAUGUGGGUUACUUUGAUCUUCAUGUCACAAGCACUUCUGAUGUUAUUACUAGUGUUUCUAGUGACAGCUUUGUCAUCCAAGACGUCCUCAGUGAAAAGUUACCGAAUUUUUUGAUGAGCGCAUCGACGUUCGUUGGAAGCUACAUAGUUGGAUUUAUCUUGCUAUGGAGACUGGCAAUAGUUGGUUUACCUUUCAUUGUCCUCUUAGUGAUCCCGGGCCUUAUGUACGGACGAGCCCUCAUAAGCAUUUCGAGGAAGAUACGCGAAGAGUACAAUGAGGCUGGUUUUGUAGCUGAGCAGGCGAUCUCUUCAGUGCGAACCGUCUAUGCGUUUUCUGGGGAGAGGAAGACAAUAUCCAAAUUCUCAACCGCGCUUCAAGGGUCGGUGAAGCUAGGGAUUAAACAAGGGCUUGCUAAGGGAAUCACCAUUGGAAGCAAUGGAAUCACUUUCGCCAUGUGGGGGUUCAUGUCUUGGUAUGGAAGCCGGAUGGUCAUGUACCAUGGUGCUCAGGGUGGUACCGUCUUUGCAGUUACUGCCGCUAUUGCUAUCGGUGGCGUAUCACUUGGUGGUGGUUUGUCUAAUCUCAAGUACUUCUUUGAGGCGGCUUCAGUUGGGGAGCGAAUCUUGGAAGUGAUAAACAGAGUUCCCAAGAUUGAUUCGGACAAUCCAGAUGGCCACAAGUUGGAGAAAAUUCGAGGAGAAGUCGAGUUUAAGAACGUAAAAUUUGUGUAUCCAUCGAGGCUUGAAACAUCGAUCUUUGACGAUUUUUGUCUGAGAGUUCCUUCCGGGAAAACUGUGGCUUUAGUGGGAGGAAGCGGGUCAGGAAAAUCAACCGUGAUAUCGCUUUUGCAAAGGUUUUAUGACCCGCUUGCAGGCGAGAUUCUCAUAGAUGGUGUAUCCAUUGAUAAGCUACAAGUGAAGUGGUUGAGAUCACAAAUGGGUCUUGUUAGCCAAGAACCUGCACUUUUCGCCACAACGAUAAAGGAAAACAUAUUGUUUGGUAAAGAAGAUGCAUCCAUGGAUGAUGUUGUGGAAGCUGCCAAAGCCUCUAAUGCUCAUAAUUUCAUUUCUGAGUUACCCCAUGGCUACGAAACUCAGGUUGGGGAGAGAGGAGUGCAAAUGUCAGGAGGACAAAAGCAGAGAAUCGCAAUCGCACGUGCAAUAAUCAAAUCACCAACAAUUCUUCUUCUAGACGAGGCAACAAGCGCGUUAGACUCUGAAUCCGAAAGAGUAGUCCAAGAAGCCUUAGAAAAUGCCUCGAUUGGUCGUACAACUAUCCUUAUCGCUCACCGUCUCUCCACCAUUCGUAAUGCUGAUGUUAUCUCCGUUGUUAAGAACGGUCAGGUUGUGGAAACUGGAUCACACGAUGAGCUAAUGGAAAACAUAGAUGGUCAAUACGCAACACUUGUUCACUUACAACAGAUUGAAAAACAAGACAUCAACGUUAGUGUGCAAAUGGGUCCAAUCUCGGAUCCGAGCAAAGAUAUAAGAAGUAGUUCUAGAGUGUCGACUCUUAGCCGUUCAAGCUCUGCUAACUCGGUUACAGGUCCAAGCACUAUAAAGAAUCUUGCCGAAGAUAACAAGCCGCAAUUACCGUCGUUUAAGAGACUAUUGGCAAUGAAUCUACCGGAAUGGAAACAAGCGUUGUAUGGUUGCAUAAGUGCAACCUUGUUUGGUGCCAUACAGCCAGCGUACGCAUAUUCUUUAGGGUCGAUGGUGUCUGUUUAUUUUCUUACAAGCCACGACGAGAUCAAGGAGAAAACAAGGAUCUAUGCAUUAUCUUUUGUGGCUCUAGCCGUCCUUUCUUUCUUGAUCAACAUCAGUCAACACUACAAUUUCGCAUACAUGGGUGAAUAUUUGACUAAACGUAUCCGAGAACGGAUGCUCUCUAAGGUGUUAACAUUUGAGGUCGGUUGGUUCGAUAGAGACGAGAACUCAAGCGGCGCCAUUUGCUCUAGACUCGCAAAAGAUGCUAAUGUGGUGAGAUCGUUGGUAGGUGAUCGAAUGGCAUUAGUGGUGCAAACCGUAUCGGCUGUUACCAUAGCUUUCACAAUGGGCUUGGUCAUCGCUUGGAGGUUAGCACUUGUGAUGAUUGCGGUGCAACCGGUGAUUAUUGUUUGCUUCUACACUCGUCGGGUUCUACUCAAGAGCAUGUCGAAAAAAGCAAUCAAGGCUCAAGAUGAAAGUAGCAAACUAGCAGCAGAGGCUGUUUCCAACGUCCGAACUAUUACAGCUUUUUCAUCACAAGAACGUAUCAUGAAAAUGCUCAAAAAGGCCCAAGAAAGUCCACGGAGAGAAAGCAUUCGUCAAUCAUGGUUUGCAGGGUUCGGGCUCGCGAUGUCGCAGAGUCUCACGUCGUGCACGUGGGCUUUGGAUUUCUGGUACGGUGGUAGAUUGAUCCAAGAUGGGUACAUCACGGCUAAAGCUUUGUUCGAGACGUUUAUGAUCUUGGUUAGUACUGGUCGAGUCAUUGCCGAUGCUGGAAGCAUGACCACAGAUCUAGCUAAAGGUUCGGACGCGGUUGGCUCGGUUUUCGCUGUGUUGGAUCGGUACACAUCGAUUGAUCCGGAGGAUCCAGAUGGAUAUGUAACGGAAAGAAUAACGGGUCAGGUUGAAUUUCUUGACGUAGAUUUCUCGUACCCGACUAGACCGGAUGUGAUUAUAUUCAAGAACUUCUCCAUUAAGAUCGAAGAGGGGAAGUCUACAGCCAUUGUUGGUCCAAGCGGGUCAGGUAAAUCCACUAUAAUUGGCUUAAUAGAGCGGUUCUAUGACCCGCUAAAGGGUAUUGUGAAAAUCGAUGGUCGCGAUAUAAGGUCGUAUCAUCUAAGAUCACUUCGUCAACACAUAGCUUUGGUUAGCCAAGAACCAACAUUGUUUGCUGGGACAAUCCGAGAGAACAUCAUAUAUGGAGGAGCCGCCGAUAAAAUCGACGAAGCAGAGAUUAUCGAGGCGGCGAAAGCAGCGAACGCUCACGAUUUCAUCACCUCAUUAACCGAAGGCUACGACACAUAUUGUGGAGACAGAGGAGUACAAUUAUCCGGUGGUCAAAAACAGAGGAUCGCUAUCGCUAGAGCGGUUUUGAAAAACCCGUCAGUGUUGCUUCUAGACGAAGCGACAAGCGCUUUGGAUAGCCAAUCGGAACGUGUGGUGCAAGAUGCGCUCGAGCGUGUUAGGGUAGGGAGGACAAGUGUUGUGAUUGCACAUAGGCUGAGCACAAUCCAAAACUGUGACGCAAUCGCUGUUUUAGACAAAGGCAAACUCGUGGAACGUGGGACUCACUCUUCCUUGUUGUCAAAAGGUCCUACAGGUAUUUACUUCUCAUUGGUCAGUCUUCAGACAACUUCUGGUUAACUUAAACCAUGUCGUUUCAUCGGUAAUGAAAUUGGCCACAACAUUGUAUUAUUUGUAAUCAAAUAAAAUGUCCAAAAGUUU